GCCUUUACUGAUGUGGAUGUUGCCAGAGUUAAGGCUCCAGACGCUCUUGUAUGUCGAACCAUCUGCACUUAUCACCCCAACUGCCACUUCUUCACCUUCUAUCCGAAUACAUGGACCAUCGAAUCCCAAAGGCGAGUAUGCUCUCACUUUUUUUUUUAAUAGAAAUAUUUGUUUCCUUAAGACUUCGAAAAGUGGGGCACCGAGUCCCCCCACUCCUCAGGAAAAUGCCAUAUCUGGAUACAGCCUUUUAACCUGCUCAAAAACUUUGCCUGAGCCCUGCCAUUUCAAAACUCACUCAAGAGUUGAUUUCGGAGGGGAAGAACUGAAUGUGACCUUCGUGGAAGGAGUGAAUGUUUGCCAAGAGACUUGUACAAAGAUGAUCCGCUGUCAAUUUUUCACUUAUUCUUUACUCCCAGAGGAUUGUAGAGGAGAGAAGUGUAAAUGUUCCUUGCGAUUGUCUUUGGAUGGUUCCCCUACCAGGAUUACAUCCAGGACACAAGUGAUCUCUGGUUAUUCUUUGAGGUUGUGUAAAAGGGGAGAUGGCUCUGUUUGCACAACAAAUGCAAACUCACGCAUCGUUGGAGGAACAGACUCAGCAUGGGGAGAGUGGCCCUGGCAGGUGAGCAUGCAAGCUAGGCUGCCAGCUCAGAGGCACCUGUGUGGAGGCUCCAUCAUCAGCCCGCAGUGGGUCCUGACUGCUGCCCACUGCUUUGAUGGGCUUUCCUUCCCAGAUAUUUGGAGAAUUUAUAGUGGCAUUUCAAAUCUGUCGGCGAUAACAAUGGAAACACCCGUCUCAAAAAUUAAAGAGAUUAUUAUUCACCAAGAUUAUAAAAUCUCAGAAAGUGGUCAUGAUAUUGCUUUAGUAAAACUUGAGGCACCUUUGAAUUACACUGAAUUACAAAAACAAAUAUGCCUACCUUCCAAACACAACAUAAAUACAAUUUAUACCAACUGUUGGGUAACUGGAUGGGGUUUCACAAAGGAAAAAGGUGAAAUCCAAAAUAUCCUCCAGAAGGCAAGUAUUCCUUUGGUAACAAAUGAAGAAUGCCAGAAAAGAUACAGCGAUUAUGAAAUAACCAAGCAGAUGAUUUGUGCUGGCUAUAAAGAAGGCGGGAAAGAUGCUUGUAAGGGAGAUUCAGGUGGUCCCUUAGCUUGUAAACACAAAGGAAUAUGGCACUUGGUGGGCAUCACCAGUUGGGGUGAAGGCUGUGGCCACAGGGAUCACCCAGGUGUCUACACCAAAGUUGCUGAAUACUUGGACUGGAUUUUAGAGAAGACAGAACAGUGAUGGACAGCCU